CCGGCCGCCGAGCUGACGGCAUGGCUGCUGUCGCGGACGACUGCCGAGUCGUGGUGGCGUGGUGGCUGGCCGAGUGUGUCUAGUGCCGAGCUGGGAGCGACAUGGAGACUUCAAUGUGCGCCACACGGGAAAACCUACUGUGCCGGCAACAAUCACACGCAGUUCCGACAGUUAUACGAGUGUUCGUAGCUGUCUAGUGAAUAAGUGAAAUAUAUUUUUAAUUGCGACAAGUAAUGUGUUCCAAAGGAAAGUUCACAAUGCGUAUCAACACGUUUUGGAUUUGUAUGUGGAUGCUUGGACAACUGCUGUGGGAAUCAGGGGCAGAGAACUCGCCGCCCGUGCUGCAGCUGGACCGCCAGUGGCAGAUCCAGGAGGACGAGCCGGCGGGCUCCGUGGUGGUGAAGGUGCGCGCGCAGGACAACGAGGGAGACCCACUGGUGUUCGGCCUGGAGCCCGCCGACCCCGCGGCGCCCCCGCUGCCCUUCCGCAUCGACAACGCCACCGGCGUCGUCUACCUCAACGACUCCCUGCGCGGCCGGGCCGGGCAUAACCUCAACCUGUACGUGACGGUGACGGACGGCCAGUACCACACCAAGAUCUUCGUGGUGGCGCUGGUGAGCGGGCGAGGAGCUGGCCAGGCCGCCUUGCCGCGCCCCGCCAACUGGCCGGCGGGCUUCGGCCAGGGCGCCACCGUGCUCAAAGGGACGACCUCCGGGACGAAGGGCGGGGGGGUCAGCAGCGGGACGCCGGCUCCCACCACCUCGACCUCGACCUCGACCUCGACCUCGACCUCGCCGCCGACCUCGACCUCGAGCGAGGCCGGGGGCAGCGGGGGCAGCGGGGGCAGCGGGGGCAGAGACCUGGCGGGCGUGGUGCUGCCCAUCAGCGUGGUGUCGGCGCUGGCGGCGGUCGGCGCGCUGCUGGUGGCGCUCUUCAGGAAGCGGCUGUUCCGCGCGCGCUCCGGCAGCACCACCAAGCACGACCUGGCAAGUAGCUCCGUGCUCUGCUUCCCGACCAGCUCCCGCUGCAGCCGCGCUCUGCUGCGCAAGGGGUCCGGGGGGGCGGCGCCCGGGGAGCCGGUGGCCCUGCAGCGCUGGCAGCAGCCCCGGGGCCCGAGCGCGCGGCGCGACGCCUGCUGCGACCCCAGCCCGCCCGCGCAGGUGGCGGGCGGACAGGCGCCGCCGGAGAAGCCCGCGGACCGCUGGGAGUUCCCGCGCCACCGCCUCAAGGUGUUCAACAUCCUGGGCGAGGGCUGCUUCGGCCAGGUGUGGCGCUGCGAGGCCAUCGACAUCGGCGGCCGGCCGGGGGUCUCCGUGGUGGCGGUGAAGACUCUGAAGGAGAGCGCCACCGAUAAGGAGCGGGCAGACCUGCUGCAGGAGCUGCAAGUCAUGAAGAUGUUGGAGCCGCACCCCAACGUGGUGCGCCUGCUGGGCUGCUGCACCGACAAGGACCCAGUGUUCCUGAUCAUGGACUUCGUGGUGCACGGCAAGCUGCAGAGCUUGCUGCGCAACUCGCGCGCAGAGCGGUGCUACGGCAACCUGCACGGGCCCAGCAACACACUCACCUCCAGGGACCUGACCACCUUCGUGUACCAGGUGGCGCGCGGCAUGGCCUUCCUCUCCGGCAAGGGCAUCAUCCACCGAGACCUGGCGGCGCGCAACGUGCUGGUGGACGAGGACCACGUCUGCAAGGUGGCCGACUUCGGCUUCGCGCGCGACGUGAUCGACAGCCACGUGUACGAGCGCAAGUCGGAGGGCCGGCUGCCGAUCCGCUGGAUGGCGCCCGAGUCGCUCUACGACAACGUGUUCUCGGUCAAGUCGGACGUGUGGAGCUUCGGCGUGCUGAUGUGGGAGGUGGUGACACUGGGAUCGACGCCCUACCCGGGCCUCGCCGCCGCCGAGGUGAUGCGCAAGGUGCGCGACGGCUACCGCCUCGACAAGCCCGAGCACUGCCGCCGUGAGCUCUACAACAUCAUGUACUACUGCUGGGACCGCGACCCCAAGGAGCGGCCAUCCUUCCAGGAGCUCGUCAAGCUGCUGGAGCAGCUGCUGCUCUCGGAGACCGAGUACAUCGAGCUGGAGAGGUUCCCCGACCACUCCUACUACAACAUGGUCAGCCUCAGUGGCGAGAAACUCUAGAGCCUUGUGGUAGCGGCAGCUGCUGCUCUCGGAGACCGAGUACAUCGAGCUGGAGAGGUUCCCCGACCACUC